AUGGACACCAUACCCAAAGACAGGAUCCUAGAAAUUGAGCAAGAUGCUUUGACGGUAAUCCGCAAACAGUACAAUCUGGAUAAACCCGGACAAAUGAAGGAGGCCAUCAGUAUCCUACAUGGCUGGGUACAACAACAGAAACAUUUCAAAAAGAAGGAUUUUAAUCCACAUUAUUACGAAAUUUGUAUUAUAACAUGUAAAGGAUCUAUAGAACGAGCAAAAUCCCAGAUCGAUAAAAUUUGCACGAUGAGGACGUUGUUACCGGAGUUCUUUGGAGAUUAUAAUGUUAAAGUCGACUUCGAAUCCUUAAACGAAGUUGUCUACCUAUUCCCGCUUCCGAAAUUAACAGAUGAUUACUAUAGGGUCAUUAUAAGUAAGGUUUUUGACAUCAGCACAAUUAAAAAGUCAACAUUCAUGGACUACUAUAGGAAGAAUAUUAUUCUAGCUGACUACCUCAAAGUACACGACUAUUUGGCCGGAUGUAUUGUGAUAUUAGAUUAUUCUGAAAUAAAUCUUAUGGAUCUUGUGUCAAAACUUAAUCCCGUUGAAGUGAAACAAGUGCUGUCAAUUUUAAUUCAAGGUUACGGAAUGAGAAUCAAAGCUAUUUAUAUUAUAAGUACAUCAAAGGUCGUCAACAGUCUCGUGGCGAUUCUUAAACAAGUCCUCAGUGCUAAGGUCGCGGAAAGAAUAAAUGUUCUCAAGGAUGUCGAAGAAAUCCAUAAAUAUAUUCCGAAUAAAAUAUUGCCUAAAGAUUAUGGUGGGGAAGAACGCUGCUCAAAAGAUUUACGAAAUGAAUGGUUGGACGCUCUAUCAUCAGAGGAACACUUGAAGUAUAUGCGAGAAAUGAAUGCCGCGGGUACAGACGAAACUUUCAGACGAAAAGACAGUUUCAAUGAGCAGUACGCCGGAAUGCCUGGUACUUUUAGAGUGCUAAGUGUUGAUUAG